UACAUGCACUAGAUUGAGGCAAGAAUAAACAGACGAGCUCAACUUACUGGGGCUCUGUGUCUUAGUGGUUUCCCUAGCUCAAAUCCUCAGCUCUCUCUCAGUAACUAAAGAGCUAGCUUUUCUUCACUUCGCACCAAGAAUGGCACCCCUUAAUCUUCAUCUUAUGGCCUCUAUAUUUGGAAUUAUGGGUACCGUCGGCUCGUUCCUCGUUUACCUAGCUCCAAUACCCACAUUUUAUUGGAUUUACAAGAAAAAAUCAACAUAUGGAUUCCCAUCUCUACCCUACUCAGUGGCAUUGUUUAGCGCCAUGUUGACGCUCUACUAUGCCUUCCUCAAGACACAUUCUAUGAUUAUCAUCGCGAUCAAUUCUCUUGGCAUCUUAAUUGAAACCGGGUACCUUUUAUUGUUCAUGAUUUAUGCACCACCAAAAUCCAGGAUCUUCACAGCAAAGUUUCUUGGCCUCUUUAAUGUUUUGGGUUUUGGUUUGAUCGUAUUAUGUACAUGCCUAAUCCCAAAUGAUUUUCUGCGGUUGAAAAUUGUUGGGUGGGUUACUAUCGUGUUUAAUGUUGGUGUAUUUGCUGCUCCUCUUACUAUUCUGAAACACGUUAUCAAAACAAAGAGUUGCGAGUUCAUGUCAUUCUCUUUGUCAUUAAGCUUAACCCUAUGUGCUGUCCUGUGGUUCUUCUAUGGCCUUCUAAUAAGAGAUUUAUUCAUAGCGGCACCAAACGUGUUAGGGUUUAUAUUCGGGAUUGUGCAGAUGAUGAUGUUCUACAUCUACCGGAAGAGCACAAAGAAAGCUGGUUUACCGAUAGAUAGUCUAAAUGAUCAGACACUAAGCACAAACAGACGGGUUGCUGUUCCGGAAAAUGCUGACAUAAGAGUAGCAAUGACAAUAAUUGACAUUGGUACUCAGAUUCAGUUGAAAGAAGGGGACGCAAAGAAGAGUUCUGAAACUGAUGAUCAUGAGAAUCAACUACCAAAGCAGGGGCGGCCGGAAGACAAGGGGUCGCCCACCACCGCCUUGGGACUCACACUCAGAAGGGCCUCAAUAUAAAUAUCUGUAGUUCUGAACUAUUCAAUCGAAAGGCCUCAGCCAAAAGCAAAAAACAGAAAAGGACCUCUCCUAAACGAUGCAAGUUCUUUAAGCGGCUAUGCUCAUCUAGCUAGUGUAGUGACAUAAGUUUUUCAUUUUUAAGUGAAAAAUGUAGAAUUUAGUGUUUACUAUUGUUAUAAAUCGAAUAUCCACAUAAAUAUGCGCUACAACCAUGCAAUAGUUGAACAUUGCAAUUGUGUUGAGUAUGUAACUGUAAUUUCAUUGUAUGAAAGACAUAAUUAGUGUAUGUUUCCUAUUUUAUUACCCAUUGUAAUAGUCUAAAUAGGAAUUUCAUCCCAAUGAAAUAAUAUAUGUACUCAACUCUUCCGUAUUC